AUGCAGCUUGAGCCAUAUCGCUUGACGGCAUCCGAGACCCUAGAAAAGGUCCGCGCCGGCGAGCUCACAGUGGAGAGAUAUGCGCAGUCGCUGCUCGACAGGAUCAAAGACCGCGACGAUGCCGUGCAAGCCUGGGCGUACCUAGAGCCCGAGCAGGUCCUAUCCCAAGCCCGGGAUCUGGACCGCAUCCCCCCCGAGAGCCGCGGCCCGCUGCACGGCGUGGCCAUCGGCGUCAAAGACAUCUUCUACACCAAGGACAUGCCCACGCAGCACAACUCGCCCAUCUACGCCAACGACGCGCCGGCCGUCGACUCGGGCCCCGUCGCCAUCCUCCGCCAGGCCGGAGCCCUCAUCGUCGGCAAGACCACCACCACCGAGUUCGCCGCCACCGUCGCCGGCACCAAGACCCGCAACCCGCACGACCCCGCCCGCACCCCCGGCGGCUCGUCCUCGGGCAGCGGCGCCGCCGUCGGCGACAUGCAGGCCGCGCUCGCCCUCGGCACCCAGACCGGCGGGAGCACCAUCCGCCCGGGCUCCUUCAACGGCAUCUACGCCUACAAGCCCACCUGGAACGCCGUCAGCCGCGAGGGCCAAAAGAUCUACUCGCUGAUCCUCGACACCCUCGGCGUCUACGCGCGCUGCGUCGCCGACCUGCAGCUCCUGGCCGACGUGCUCGGCAUCCGUGACGACGACGAUCCCCGGCCUCCCUUUGCCGGCGUCCAGGGCGCCAGGUUCGCCAUCCUCAAGACCGUCGUCUGGCCGCAGGCCGGCCCGGGGACCCAGGCCGCCAUGCAAAAGGCCGCAGACCUGCUCCGGGCGCACGGCGCAGCCGCCGUCGACGAGAUAUCGCUGCCGGCGGACCUGGACGCGCUGCCCGAGUGGCACCGCGUCGUCAUCACCAGCGACGGGCGCAGCGCGUUCCGGCCCGAGUACGCGGGGGCGCGGGACCAGCUGUCGCCCUACCUGGUCGAUCAGGUCGAGAACGCGGCGGCCAUCACGAGGCGGCAGCAGCUGGCGGCCUUUGACGCCAUCGCGGCGGCCAGGCCGCGCGUCGAUGAGAUUCUUGCAGGGUACGACGCCGUCGUCGUGCCGAGCGUGCCGGACGAGGCGCCGACGGGGCUGGAGAGCACCGGCAGCGCGGCCUUUUGCGUCAUCUGGACGGCGCUGCACACGCCCGUGGUCAAUAUCCCGGGCUUCAUGGGGGAGAAUGGUAUGCCCAUUGGGUUGUCGCUGGUUGCUCCUCGUUACCAGGACAGGCGGCUGCUGUCGGUGUGUGAGGCGGUUGGUAGGAUAUUUGAGGCCGAGGGAGGGUGGAAGUCUGGAUUAUGA